GAUGCUUCCGAGCCGAUGCCUCACUUCCAGAAAACUGAAACGAGGCUCAUCUGUGUUGUUGUUGUCGUGCAUUCGACCGAUUUCCUCUCUUUCUCCAAGCACUCUGACAAAAUGGGUGACAGUACAGCCACAAUCAGAACACGAAAGUAUAUGACCAACCGCUUGCUCCAGCGGAAACAAAUGGUUGUUGAUGUGCUCCAUCCUGGUGCUGCAACUGUAAAAAAAACCGAAAUAGCUGACAAGCUAGCUAAAAUGUACAAAGCAACUGCAGAUCGUGUUAUGUGCUUUGGGUUUAAAACAGCAUUUGGUGGUGGAAAAACAACUGGAUUUGCUCUGAUAUAUGACAGCAUGGAUGCUCUUAAGAAGUAUGAACCAAAAUUCAGAUUAGUUAGACUUGGUAUGGCAGAAAGGAAGGGAGCAACCAGAAAACAAAGAAAGGAAAGAAAGAAUAGAAUGAAGAAGGUUAGAGGAACAGCAAAGUCCAAAGUUGGAGCAGCAGGGAAGAAGUGAGAAGCCAGCAAUGAUUCUGUACUGUAAAAUUGUAUGUUAAAAUUGGUUGCAAUGAAAACCUUUUGUUGCUAAA